CUUCUAUAUAAGCUGUAUCCUCCUCCACCGGUAAAUUCUCACAUCUGGAUAAGCAGCCAGCUCUUCCCCCAAACACUUUCUCAACUACCUGUGCAACAUGGAGUCGAAGACAGCGUUCAAACCGAAACUGCGAGUACGAGUGCGGCCUUCAACGUCGGUUUCAGUGCUGUGGGGAAUCGUCGCUGCGACUGCCGUGUGGCUGCUUCUCCGUCAGUAUCGCGCAUUGCAGAGAUCCCGCCCCAAGCGGGAAGUCAUCACAUCCAUCCGCGAGAAAUGGCAGCACAUGUUGGGAUUGCCAACGGUGAUAACCGGCGCUUACACCAAAUUCAACCAAGCCACUUUCCAUUACACAACUUUCCGCGGCCGGAAGCAAGUGGUAGUCUGCAGCUCCGAGUUGAUUGCGGAACUCAAGAGCGCACCCAUGGAGGCGAUGAGCUUCACUGCCUGGACCCAGGAGCUCCUGCAGUGUGAUAUCAUCUUUCCGUUGUGGAGCGGUGGGGUUAGGACGGCAACUCUGCCGCCGUUUGUGAGCAGGGUCACGUUUAGGUGGUAUAAGGGUGCUAUCACGAAGGAUUUGCCGAAGAAUUUCCCGUUCAUUAGGGAAUCCGUAGGUAGGCAGUUGACAUAUGAGCUGGUGAGGAGGGACGGGCCGGUGCAUGACGUUGCGAGGAAUGGGAUUGUUGGGGUUAUUGCCAGAUUCCUAGUGGGAGAGAAGCUCUCCCGCGACCCCGAGUUUCUCAAGAUGCUGCUAGAAGUCUCCCAGCAGAUCGCAUAUGCAGGCCCCAUCUCCUCGAUGUUCCCACAGUUCCUGAAGUCUACAGCAGUCAAGUACUUAACCCGCCUCGACAAGACGACCUCUUUCGUCAGCCAGAAGCUACAUGCCCGAGCAGACGCGGAGGCAGGGCAACCUCACGAAGAUUUUGAUUUUUUCUCGUUCGGUCUCACCGCGUUGGAGCGGAACCAUGAGGAGUCUUGGACUGUCGACCGACUCAUCACUGAGACGUUCGUCAACAUUUUUGCGGCAUUUCAUACUACCUCCAUGGCGUUUGCGGUAUUCUUGAUUGAAAUUGCGACCCGCCCGGACUGCCAAAAGAUUCUGCGGGAGGAGGCGCAGGCCAUCAUCGCCAAGAAGGGCUGGACAAUGGAGGCUAUUGACAGCAUGUGGAUUCUCGACAGCUUUAUGCGGGAGACGAGACGGACACGACCGCACAGCGAUGUUCUCUUGAACAGAUUAGUCAUGAGGCCAACCACUCUUUCGGACGGCACCUACCUCGCGCCGGGAACACACAUCGGCGCUGCAUACGCGCCCCGGGAAUCCGACCCGCGCUACUAUGCCAGUCCCGCUACCUUCGAUCCGCUCCGCUUCUACACGCCCCGCAUCAAUUCACCGGACCCUUCACACGCCCGCUUCACCUCCACCGACGUCGAAUCGAACGAACACCUCGGUUUCGGCGGCGGAAAAAAUCCCUGCCCGGGACGGUUCUUUGCGAUGGCAACCAUCAAGACGGCGCUGGUGCAGCUGCUGCUGGAGUACGAGCUGACGCCGGGAAGUGAUAAGAUGGAAUACGUGUGUAGGUUUGAGGAGCAUCAGUUGCCGAGUUAUAAGGAUCGCGUGAGAUUUAGGAGGUUGUAGGUGGAAAUGAAUCUACCCGGGCCGCGCUUAGAUCAUGUCUCGGAAUAUCGGCAACAUACAUAGUAGUUUCGGCAUGGAGAUAGUUCGCUGGUUAGUACUCCGUAACUAGAAUGUAGCCGUAGGUUCCUUCUACCCGUGAUUUUUUC